UGCGCGUAUUUGCGUCUAUUCGCGAGACGUGUUUUAAAAUUUAUUAUAACCUUUUUUUCCCGUAAGUAAACAGGAAAAAAGUAACUGUAAAGCUUGGCAAAAUAAAAUGCCGUACGCUAAUCAACCGUCGGUCCAUAUUUCGGAUUUAACCGAGGAAAAUGUUAAAUUUCAAGUGGAAGAUACUGAAUUAAGCGUUGCGAACAGCAUGAGGCGUGUCUUUAUCGCCGAAACUCCGACUAUGGCCAUUGAUUGGAUACAACUGGAAGCUAAUUCUACUGUUUUGAGCGACGAAUUCUUGGCACAUAGGAUUGGAAUGAUACCAUUGAUCAGCGAUGAUGUGGUUGACAGGAUACAAUAUACAAGAGAUUGCCAGUGCUUAGAUUUCUGUCCAGAAUGUAGCGUGGAAUUCACUCUGGAUGUUAAAUGCACCGAAGAUCAAACCAGGCAUGUGACCACCGCGGAUUUCAAGUCGAGCGAUCCUAGAGUGCUACCCGUGACAUCCAGACACAGAGAAGAUGAUGCGAGCGAAUAUGGAGAAACAGAUGAGAUCUUGAUAGUGAAACUAAGAAAAGGACAGGAACUGAAACUUAGGGCGUACGCAAAGAAAGGUUUCGGAAAGGAGCACGCAAAGUGGAAUCCAACCGCCGGUGUAAGCUUCGAAUAUGAUCCGGACAAUUCUAUGAGGCAUACUUUGUAUCCCAAACCAGACGAGUGGCCCAAGUCGGAGUACAGUGAAUUAGAGGAGGAUCAAUAUGAAGCACCGUUUAACUGGGAAGCCAAACCGAACAAGUAUUACUUUAAUGUGGAGAGCAGCGGGGCCCUGAAACCUGAAAAUAUCGUCAUGAUGGGGAUCGCAGCGUUAAAAAACAAAUUAUCGAAUCUACAGACACAAUUGAGCCACGAAGUACAAAGCGAUGCGUUGAGCAUUCAUCAUUAAAAAUAAAUUGUAGCUUGUGUUUAAAAUCGAAAAAAUUGAAUAUUUUAUAUAUUAUAAAAUAAAAUGUGGAAAUCUGUAGUGUGCGCUAUAAAUGAUUCGAUAUACCAAUUUCACAAAGGGACAUAAUUUAGAGAAUCGCAACAGAGUAUUUUCGAAAAUUCGAGUCUGGGAAGCUAAUCAGAAGACGCUACAAACACUGACACGCACGGGAAUUUGACCAGUUCGAUGGCAGAGAGAAGCCUGAGAGAGACUAUCCCGGCCUUUUUCGUGGGACCCAUGGGAUCGUCGAAAGCUGUAUACUACCGCCAGUACAUCCAUUUACGAAAUUGGUACUACGUA